UCCCCGUGUGUUAGUGUGGCCUCCUCCCUGCUGCUCAGUCGGAGCGACCCGCGAAGACUUUGUCUGGGUGGCUGGGGUAUCAAUUAAACUGCCGGGAAGACAACACCGACGGGCGGGUUGCGUAAAGUCUUCGCAUUGAACACACCUCAAGGACUAAACUCUUUGUCGUUUGAAUGGAAGCGGACGGUUUCGUGUCCCGGCGAACGUCCGUGGAAACACCGGGCGUCGAUAACCGGGUCGCAGGCGCCGCAGCCGGCGCAGAGUUUCGAUGGCUGGGCGGCAGGCUCUCGGACGCCACUGGUGGGUUUGUCGGGUCUCUUUCGCCAAGAAUGGCAGGGGAACAGGACUUUGCCCCGGUGCUGCAUCGAGCGACUCCGGAGACAUCGACCUCGACCUCUGUCGAGCCAGAAAUAGACUAUGAAGGACUGCCCCAGGGAGCAGCCACCAGCACACACAUGCUGGCAGGAGCCGUGGCUGGAAUCAUGGAGCACUGCCUUAUGUACCCCAUCGACUGUGUCAAGACUCGUAUGCAGAGCCUGCAUCCCGAACCAGGAGCACGCUACAGGAACGUGAUGGAUGCCCUGCGGCAGAUCGUGCGGACCGAGGGUGUGUGGCGGCCAAUUAGAGGUGUGAACGUGUUGGCGGUGGGUGCGGGUCCUGCCCACGCUCUCUACUUCGCCUGCUACGAGAAGAUCAAGUUUUCACUCAGUGACGCCAUUCACCCUGGCACUAACAGCCACUUUGCUAAUGGAGUGGCGGGCUGCAUGGCCACAGUGCUGCACGACGCCGUCAUGAACCCAGCCGAAGUUGUGAAACAGCGAAUGCAGAUGUUCAACUCGCCUUACCGCAGCGUGUUGGACUGUGUGGGCUCGUUGCUGAGGCGCGAAGGCCCGGCCGCUUUCUACCGCAGCUACACCACCCAGCUGACCAUGAACGUGCCCUUCCAGGCGCUCCACUUCAUGACCUACGAGUACCUCCAGGAGCUCCUCAACCCCCACAGACAGUACAACCCUUCCUCCCACGUCGUGUCUGGCGCGCUGGCUGGAGCCCUAGCUGCCGCUGCCACCACUCCCCUCGACGUCUGCAAGACCCUCCUCAACACGCAGGAGGCUCAGGCUAUUCAUGUGAUCCAGGCCGAAUCCCCAACAGCGGCUGGAGCGGUUGGAGCAGCCACUGCCUCGGCCCCCGGCAGCCGCCACAUCUCCGGUCUGGGCGAGGCUUUUCGGACGGUGUACAGGAUGGGAGGCGUGCCGGCUUUCUUCAAGGGCGUCCAAGCCCGCGUCAUCUACCAGAUGCCCUCCACAGCCAUCAGCUGGUCAGUCUACGAGUUCUUCAAAUACAUCAUCACCAAGCGGCAGCACGAGAGACGGCUGCGUGGAGACCGUGACGGAGACAAAUGAACACCUGGCAGUAGGACUGGGUAUCAGCAACACAAAGGUUUAUUACACCAUACCGAUCACUGAUAUCGGUAUUGAUUUCUUAACAUCUGAAAGUCCCAGAAUUUUAGGUUCUCUGAGCAAAAAGUCAACUUUUAUCUUGUUAACUGAGAUCAAUUAAGCACAUUCUGAUCUAGUUCAUAGCAGGUGAGGAUACGAACAACUGCUGAGAGCCAACUUGUCUUUUACUAGAUGUGGGGUUGACGAAAUGUCUUAUCAAUACCCAUCCAUGAGAAGAAGACCUUGAAAUGGCUGACGAAGUCCCGGUUCCAUGAACCUGACCCCUUAAAAUCUGGUUCUACUCCCUGCAUUUGCUGUCACAAAGCAAAUAACCUAUGGAGGGUAACACUUAGUAAAAGUAGGGUUGAAUUUGUCCCUUUCAGCAAAGCAAUGCUCACCUCCUCUUGACCACCUACAGUGCAGUUUGUUAGCUUUUUUAUUUUUAUCCUGAACUCCAGCAGACUGGAUUGGGGAGGCGGGAGAAAAAUAAAAACUGACUCUGAGGUCAAAGUGCUGACUGAGCUUUAAUUUGAUAGUGUUUACAUUCACUUCCAAGGAACUGUGUAGAAAUUGUAGCAUUUUUAUACAUACGCCCCAAAAGGAUAAAAACUCCUACGCUGAUGGGAAAACGCUCGGAUACCAUUUUAAAAGCUGAAAGUCGGCGCAUUAACCUCAUAGUUACCAUCCACUUAGAGUGAGUACAGAGCCUCAAAAAAAACCUACCCCUAUCCAAAUACUUUAGAACUGCACUGUAAACCGGUCAACACCCCUCUCAACAGCACACGCUGCAAGUAUUAAAACCAUAUUACCUUCUGACCACAGGGGGGCGCACAGCUCAACUGCUAUACUUAACAAUGGAGAAGCAAGUGGAUGUUACAGAAUCAGCAAUAUUGGACUAAAAAUAACGUAACUAACUGUAACUAGCUGUUUUAAAUGAAACAAGGACCCACAUUACAUGAAUCAAAUCCCUCUCUCAUAUGGGUGACACAUCCUGUAAGUUAUUCUUUUCUCUUCUUUUUUUUUUUUUUUUUUUUGAGAAUGAGAGUUAGUUUUGGAUUGAAAAUACUCAAGUAUUCAACACUUGAUUGGAAUGGGUGUUUGAGUGUACGCGUGCUCGUGUGUUAGAAGAUUGAGUGAGUUGAAAUUCAUUUUCAUAGAGUUCAGCUUUGACUCUGACCACAUUUGACCUCAACACAGCCCGACUGUGUUGUCCUUCAAAGCGAAAACACGGCAGCAUAUAAAGUUGGGUCAAAAAAACUUUUUUUU